CGUUGUCGAAACCCCAUUCGAACAGUUCAUUUUCGAUCAGCACACGUAAGACAGAAGAAGUGUUUGUGGCUCCGUGUUAAAAAAAUUGGAAAAUUAUUAGAGAUUCUCACUAAAUUUUCCAAUCGUUCUGUGGAAAUUCGGACAAGAUGGCGAUCAAGUUUUUGGAAGUAAUUAAGCCGUUUUGUGGUAUUUUACCCGAAAUUGCGAAACCCGAGAGAAAGAUUCAAUUCCGUGAAAAGGUGUUAUGGACGGCAAUUACUUUGUUCAUCUUCUUGGUGUGUUGCCAAAUCCCGUUAUUCGGUAUCAUGAGCAGCGAUUCGGCAGAUCCCUUCUACUGGAUUCGUGUCAUUUUGGCUUCGAAUCGCGGUACCUUGAUGGAAUUGGGUAUUUCGCCCAUCGUUACCUCCGGAUUGAUCAUGCAAUUGUUGGCUGGUGCAAAAAUCAUCGAAGUGGGUGACACCCCGAAGGAUCGCGCCUUGUUCAAUGGAGCUCAAAAAUUAUUCGGCAUGAUUAUCACGAUCGGGCAGGCAGUUGUUUAUGUCAUGACAGGCAUGUAUGGCGAACCAAGUGAAAUCGGAGCUGGCGUUUGUUUGCUCAUCAUCAUCCAAUUGUUCGUUGCUGGUUUAAUUGUUUUGUUGUUGGAUGAGUUGUUGCAAAAAGGAUAUGGCUUGGGAUCGGGAAUUUCGUUGUUUAUUGCGACAAAUAUCUGUGAGACGAUCGUCUGGAAGGCAUUUUCGCCCGCAACUGUCAAUACGGGACGUGGCACGGAAUUCGAAGGUGCAAUUAUUGCGUUGUUCCAUUUGUUGGCGACACGUCAAGAUAAGGUUCGUGGUUUAAGAGAGGCUUUCUACCGUCAAAAUUUGCCCAAUUUGAUGAAUUUGCUCGCUACUGUGUUGGUCUUCGCCAUUGUCAUAUACUUCCAAGGAUUCCGCGUGGAUUUGCCCGUCAAGAGCGCCCGCUACAGAGGACAGUACAGCAGUUAUCCCAUCAAACUUUUCUACACAUCAAACAUUCCAAUUAUCUUGCAAUCGGCUUUGGUCAGUAAUUUGUAUGUCAUUUCACAGAUGUUAGCUAUCAAAUUCCACGGAAACUUCCUCGUCAACUUGCUCGGCGUCUGGGCUGACAUUGGAGGCGGCGGUCCAGCUCGUUCGUACCCAAUUGGCGGUUUGUGCUACUAUUUGUCGCCCCCCGAGAGCGUUGGACACAUCUUGACCGAUCCCAUUCACGCCAUCUUGUACAUCGUUUUCAUGCUCGGAUCGUGCGCCUUUUUCUCCAAAACGUGGAUCGACGUUAGCGGCAGCUCCGCCAAAGACGUUGCCAAGCAAUUGAAGGAACAACAAAUGAUCAUGCGAGGACAUCGCGAAAACUCGAUGAUUCACGAGCUCAACAGAUACAUCCCGACUGCCGCUGCCUUCGGCGGAUUGUGCAUCGGAGCGUUGUCUGUGUUCGCUGACUUCUUGGGAGCCAUUGGAUCCGGCACAGGUAUCUUGUUGGCUGUCACCAUCAUCUAUCAGUACUUUGAGAUUUUCGUUAAGGAGCAAUCCGAGAUGGGAGGCAUGGGAACUUUGCUAUUUUAAGGCGUUCAUACACACAUUUUUUUAACAUUAUUUUAUUAAAUUAAUAAAAAAGAGCAGGAAUAAUUGAGAAAAAUUGAGAGAAUACUAAAUACUGAGAAAAAACAACAAAAAAUAGACAACACAGACAUUUUUUGCAAUAAAAAUAUUAAAAUUAAAAAAAAAACUUCUUUUGAAAUAAUCACACACGAACAACAAAAAUUCAUCAAAAUAAAUAUUAAAACAUCGAACGUCACCAUUUAUUAGCUCUUACGUAACUGAUAACGCAUUUUUUAUGUUUUAUUUUUGUUAUU